AACUGCUUGCCAUCGAUGACUCUUGUGGACAACACAAAACCAAUAUUCCAAUCAUGGCGGGCGAAAUCCAAUCAAGCAGUGGUGGUGGUGACCCAUUAAGGGCAGUUGAUGAGGGUCCUCCUCAUAAAUAACACAAAAUUCAACCACCACCACCACCCUAAAAUUACUAUGUAAAACUUUCACCAACAACACAGACAACAACAAACAAAAAAACUACUAUAACAAUUAUCAAAAUCAAAUUAAGAAAAAAAAAAACAUCAAGGACUAAACUUAAUUUUCAAUUCUCUUAAAAUAAAAAAAAAACUAUUUAGAAAUUAAACAAAAACAAAACGAUCUAAAUCAAAGACUCUAAACUCUAAAAAAACAAAACAUCUAUGAAUCAAAAAUCUUCACUUAAUCAAAACAAAAACAAAACCAAAAAAUAUAGAAAACAAACAUCUUAAAUUUUCCAUAUUUAUGUAGUAAAUGCAUCUUCCAAUAUUUAAUCUUAAAACUUAAAAACAAAUAUAAACAAAAAAUAAAAAAAAAAACACAAAGAAAAAUAUUUAAAAACAGAAUUUUCAAAUUCAUUCAAAAGUGAAAUGCAUGCAAAUGCGGGUGCAGAUCGAGGUGGAUCAUGGCGUUUACCACCCGAUGAAACCCUCCAAGUUCAAGAUCCAAAACAGAAAAACGAAGACCUAGAUUACGACGAAGGUCACAAUUGGCGUAGUAUUAUCUUUUCGUUAUUAGUAAUAAGUUUUGUAAUAGCCGGUAUCAUAACAGCGAUCUACCUCUUGGGGUACGUCGAUGAACUCCUUUAUUGGUCAGGCCGUCGUAUGAUACUCGAUGAGUACCUGCAAGGCGAUCUUACGCCGAAUCGGCUGCAACCAGCUUGGGUGACAACACGAAAGUAUGUCUUCCAAUCGGAUGACGGAGGAUUAGCCGUACUGGACACUGCCACGAACACCGUUCAAACCCUCGUUACAAAUCACACCCUCAGACAGUUGAACGUCCGAGGCUACCAUUGUUCAUAUGAUCUGCGAUACGUUCUAUUUAGGCAUAAUGUAAAGAAGAUUUUUCAACGGUCCUUUACCGCUUUCUAUACGAUAUACGAUGUUGAAAAUGACCAUCACAUGCCAGUGAAACUGAAGGACUCACCAAAAGUACAAAGAACUCGUCUACAGUACGCCGCAUGGUUGGGCAAUACAACGUCCCUAAUUAUUGUAGCUGACAACGAUAUAUAUUUAAGACAAUCACCGGCAGAGGAAGAGGACAUCCGUAUAACGAGCACAGGAUAUCAGAAUGUCAUUUAUAAUGGUAUUCCCGACUGGUUGUAUCAGGAGGAAAUCUUUUCGAAGCCUGAAGCGAUAUGGUCAUCACCGGAUGGCAGCCAAUUCAUGUAUGCCUCGUUUAAUGAUACCAACGUCGGCAUCAUGACCUAUCCGUGGCUGGCAUCGGGAGCGAUUAUAGCUGCAGGUGCUGGCAUGAGUUCGGGUAGUUCGUUUCCGGAAACAAAGAGUGUCCGAUAUCCAACGCCGGGCACCACAAAUCCUGAAGUCCAUUUGUGGAUAGUCGACAUAAGCAACCUGACGGAUAUCCAGAGGAAUUUAGUCAAGCCACCGCCAUCACUGGACGGACAGGAUUACUAUCUUACCUCAGCUGGUUGGGUUACACAGGGUAACCAUCAAAUCUCAACAGUUUACAUGAUGAGAUCACAGAACUACAGUAUAGUAGCUACGUGCUUUGCACCAAAUUGGACAUGCAUCGAUACGCAUUCCGAACGUGCCCCAGAAGAUGAAUGGCUGGAUAUAUUACCGCAUCCGGUCUUUUCGCCGGAUGGCGAUAGUUUUCUGAUAUUAGCAAGUAUACAGGAAUCUGGUACUGAACACUUUACCCAUAUCAAACAUGUGACGAUAACACAACAACGGAUAUCUGUUAUCUCACACGGACGUUAUGAGCAAGUUGCCGUUAUAACACAUGACAGAAAUCAGGUUUUAAAGAUUCUGUGUUGGGACACGGCGAAUCAUCUCGUCUAUUAUCUUGGAACACAAGAUAAAAAACCUGGACAACGACAUUUGUAUGUUGUCAAGGAUCCAGUGAGCGACGAUAGUCGAAAAAGUGAACCUCAGUGCAUUACCUGUGAUCUAGGCGAAGCGCUCUGGAGUAGCCGUUACUACUAUGUAAACUGUUCCCAUUUUGAUGCCUUCCUAACUCCAAAGUCUUCCAUAGCAACAGAGCUGGGUGUCGAUUUCUAUAUACUCGAGUGCCUGGGUCCGGGUCUCCCAGUGUCCGGAGUGCAUUCAGCGAAAACGCAUAGUCUGCAAAAAAUACUCUUCGACACGCGACCCUAUUACACGGAACGGUUGCAGGCAUUGGCUUUGCCAACUCAACGUUCCUUUGAAAUUCCCCUACCGCAUGGAAGCAGGGCUCAAGUACAACUACUCCUGCCGCCCAGCUGGAGGGAAGAGUUAAGGGAUGCCGCAUUUCCUGUGCUCGUCGAAGUAAAUGGGCGACCAGGAUCCGAAUCCGUUUCGGAGAAAUUUCGAAUAGACUGGGGGACGUACAUGUCCUCACGAAAUGAUGUAAUAUAUAUUCGGUUGGAUGUGAGAGGCGCCAAAGGACAAAGUAAAAAAUCACUAUACCGACAUUUGGGGGGAGUUGAGGUGCAGGAUCAAAUUUCCGUUCUAAGUUACUUACUAGACACGUUUAGCUUUCUAGACGAAACUCGUGUAGGCGUAUGGGGUUGGGGUUAUGGUGGAUAUGUUACUACCAUGGUAUUGGGCUCCCAGCAAGAAGUUUUCAAAUGUGGAAUAUCCAUAUCACCGAUAGCUGAUUGGUUAUUUUACAAUUCAGCCUUUACAGAACGUAUCCUUGGUCAGCCUGCUGAAAAUUAUAAGGGUUAUGUGGAAGCCGAUGCAACGCAACGUGCUAGGCACAUAAAAUCACAUUCGUUCUUCCUGAUGCACGGAUUGGCGGAUUCGACAGCGCCGUAUAUCCAUGGUGUUCAGCUGGCGAGAUCUCUUACUGAUGCUGGAGUUCUCUAUCGAUAUCAGACCUAUGCUGAUGAGGGUCACGAACUAAACGGAGUUCUGGAACACGUCUACUCAUCUAUGGAAAAUUAUUUCUCUGACUGUCUUAGCUUGGAUCCUGACGAUACAAAACCGACGGUAGAAAAAAUCGUUCCGCCUGAUUAGUAGUGAAUAUAGUUAAUAGUUUUAUAUUACAAAAUUAGUCUAUAAGAUAACAUAUACUAUAUAUUUAAUUAAAUUUAUAUAUUCUAAAUUUAAGUUUGAAUUUUGUGUUAAAAAUAAUUUACAUAAAUAAAUAAAUUAAAAAAAAAAGACAAACAAGUAAAAUGUUAUGUAAUAAAUUUUCAACUUUUAUUUAUUAUAUUGUAAAUUAUUUUCUUUUCAAUUGGAAUGUUAACAGCAAGUGCAUUAAAAUAAUUAUAAAAAAAUGUAAUUUAAUUAUAUCGAAUUAAGAAAAUCCAUUAAAUAUAAUAAAUAAACAUAAAAUCGUUCACCAUUUGCUAUAAAAUAAAAUAAAUAAAAAAAAAAGAAAACCCUUCAAAAACUUCAAUGCUUCCCAUUUUAUUAAAACAAAAAUAAUAAUUCAGAAAACAAAACUAAAUGAAUCUAUAGGAAAUAAACAAAAUCGACAAACAAAAAUAAAACAAACAUUUUGUACAUUUUCAACAUAUCAUUAACUGACAUUUCACUACUCUAGUAUAAUUAGCAUAAUCAAAAAAAAAUCAUUACAUAAAACAUUAACUUUAUAUUAAAAAACAAAAUACAAAACUUAAACAGGCAUAAUUUUUGAAGUAACAUAAUUUUAUAAUUUUUUUUAAAUACACGGAAUCUUGCAUCGAAUUCUAUCUUAACGCUUUCAAACAUCGACAGAUAGUAACUUUAUUGAUUUAAUGUAUGAAUAUAACUUCUCUUUUUAACUUUUUUUUAAAUUUUAUUAUUCUGGGGCACAAUUUUUCCAACAUUAAAUGCUCUAUUCCCCAAUGAUAGACAAGAUCCCAUGCAUUUUGAUUGUCAUUCAAAAUAUAGCCCAAAAAACAUAAACUCGGUUUGCAUUCACAAAUUUUUGCAAAAUUCUAAAAAGAUUCAAUCUUUUGUGAAGAUAAGAAGUUGAGUUAAAUUGAAAGAUUGAAUUUAUUGACUUUUUGAGAGUCUACAACCUUUAAGUAUGUACUUGGGGUAUUUUAGUAUUCAGAUCCUUUUUUACGUUUUUCUUAGUUUACUGCAGAAUUAUGUGAAAGAAAGAAACGUUCAAAAGAGUGUAAACAAUUGAAUGAGUUCUCAAAAGAUUGCAUUCAAUUCGAAACAAUGAUAAUAACAUUACAAGUCCAAUCUUUUAAAUGUAAAAUGAUUGUCAAGUGAUCAGCCAAUGAAUUAAAACUAACUCUUAAUAGGUUGAGACUUUUAAUUUCCACCAAACCAAGAAGAUAAUAUUUUUACUGUUUGAAUUAAAGCUUCUUUUUUAUUUCGUUUUAAAAAAUCAAAUCAAUAAUAAUUAAUAAAUAAUUCCUUCAUAAUUUUACACUAAAAUCUAAGUGCUUUUAAAAACGAAUCUUAAGAAAUUAUCGCUAACAAUCAAUUACUGCAACUUUAAUCUUAAGAUCUUUCUUCAUAAUAGAAAUUUAAACUAAAAGAAAUUAUAAAAAAACCUAAAUGAAUAAAUUUUGUACAUAAACGUUAAAUAUAAAUUAAUUUAAAUAAGUUUAUUAUAUUUCAAGAAAAUCAUCAAAGAAAAAUUUGUAAAUAUACAUUUUCUGAUAAGAAAAUUUAAAACCGAAAGUCUUCGUAAAAUUAAAACUUGGAAAAAGUCAUUUACAAAAAUAAAUAAUAAUAAUAAUAUGUAAUAAUUUUUGUGUAUGUACAUUUUUAAACUUGCGAUUGUUAAAAAUGAAUAUAAAAAAAAUAAUUAUAACUACAGGAAUUUUUGUUAUUUUUAAGUGAAGAAAAAACAACUUUUUGGAAAGAAAAAUUUAAAAUUAAAUAAUAAUUUUAUUUGUUAAAUUUAAUAGUUAAUUGAAAAUAAAUUUAUAUAUUCAAAUCAGUUAUUUUGUUUUGGUUAAAACUAGAGUUUAAAUAAUAAAAAACAAAAAUCAGAUAGCCAAAUGGUUGUGAAAUUCGCAAUUAGAGCUUAGGAUUAAAUUUAGGAAUUUGAAUUUAAAGCAAACAAAAAUCAAAGAAAGGAAUAUAAUCAUAAGAAUUGUCAUAAUAUAAUUAUGCGAUUAUUAUUACAUUAUUUAAAAAGAAAUUCUGUUUAAAUUUGUUUUUAAAAAAAUACUAUUAUUAUUAAUCAAUCAAACAAAUAAAAACUAAAACAAAUAGACAAAGGAAUCAAAUAAACAAAUAAACGAUCAUCAAAAAUUGAAAUGAUUUGCAAUAUUAAAAUACAAUAAAUAGAACAAAAAAUAAAAAAAAAAAACAAUCUUCCGAAAUAUUUAAUGUAUAGAUUUUAAUUUAAGUCGCAAAUACAUUUUAUGAACAAAAAAUAAUAAGAAAAAGUCACUCAUUUAUUAAUAUAAAUUAAAAUAAAAUACAAGAACUACUAUAGGCUAGGCAAUGAAUGAAAUUGAAAAAUAAGAAUAAAUUUACAAAACAAAAAAAAAUCAAUCAACAAAUUUGUAAAAAGAAAUAAAUGAGUUAAUAGAACAAUAACCAAUAAAAUUAAUAAGAAAAAAUUGUUCUAACGAAUAAAAUUUAUCAAUCAAAUUAUGCCUUGAUAGUUAAGAAAUAAAUAAUAAAUAAAUGAAAAUAAUAAUUGAAAUACAAAACUAGCUUACGAAAUAGUAAAAAAUUAUAGUUUUUUGGUUAUAUGUAUUAUUUUACAAUUAAUUCUAAUAAUAUUAUUUUCUUUGUGUUAUUUAAAUAAUGUGCAACACAUCUUUGGGUUUGUGAAUUAAAUGAUUUUAUUUUGAAAAUGAAUUUUAUUUUUGGGGUUGGCUGUUAAGUUGUUUACUUACAUUUAUGUUUUAGGUUUUUUACGUUAGCUUAACUUGUCGUGUAUCAGUGAAAGGAAAUACAG